GAUCUGCCGCCUCUUUACAUUGCUUUGUUAGCGCGAGAUUGGUGUGAUGGUACGCUGCAGCCGGCAUGCCUGUUUUUGAUAAGAAUUCACCCAGUUGAUGAUGUAACCGGCCCAUUGAAUGGAAAGGAACCAUUGAAUUCUCCGUCAGCUUCUUCAAUACUUCUGUGCCUUUUUGAUAGUUAUGGGUGCUGUCAUACUGACUUAUUAGCAGCCAUACUGCUUCGAGAAGGUAAGGAUGAGCGAAUACCACUUCCUCUAGGAUUGUUUGUGCUUCCUAGACACAGAGUAUAAAAUGGAGGUAGCUACUAUGAAAGUAAGUAAGAAAAUAUUAGUUAUGAGUCACCUCUUUACCACUUGGAGUGGCAAGCAAUACUUGGGCUUUUAGAACACGCGCUCUGGGUGAGUUCGGAAGGUUCUGCAUACAAAUGGCAACAGCGGCACGAGCUUCACGGAUCUUGUCUCGCUGCAAAUAGGUAA